AUGUUUGACGGGCUCAGCCGCUCGCUGGAGAAGGCCUGGGACACUGUGCGCAAGGACGGCAAGCUGAGCGCGGACAACAUCAAGGAGCCGAUGCGGGAGAUCAGGCGGGUGGUGCACCCUGCGGUGGCGCCCUGUGGCGCCCUGCGCGCGCUGCUGGAGGCGGAUGUGUCGCUGCCCGUGGUGCGCCGGUUUGUGAAGAAGGUGGAGGAUGCGGCGCUGGGGGAGCGGGUGGUCAAGGGCCUGUCGCCAGACCAGAAGCUCACCAAGGUUGUGUACGAGGAGCUCAAGUCGCUGAUGGGCGGAGAGCAGGCGGAGCUGGUGCAGCCCAAGUACGGGCCCUCGGUCAUCCUCAUGGCAGGGCUGCAGGGCACGGGCAAGACCACGGCCGCCGGGAAGCUGGCUCUGUACCUGAAGAAGAAGGGGCUCAAGGUGCUGCUGGUGGCGACGGACGUGUACCGCCCAGCCGCCAUCGACCAGCUGGUCACCCUGGGGGGCAAGAUCGAGGUGCCGGUGUUUGAGCUGGGCACGCAGGUGGCGCCGCCUGAGAUUGCGCGGCAGGGGCUGGAGAAGGCAAAGGCGGAGGAGUACGAUGCUGUGAUUGUGGACACCGCUGGGCGGCUGCAGAUUGACGACAGGCUGAUGGCGGAGCUGCGUGAGACCAAGGAGGUGGUGCAGCCCACCGACACGCUGCUGGUGGUGGAUGCGAUGACGGGGCAGGAGGCGGCGGGCCUGGUCAAGGCCUUCAACGAGGCGGUGGACAUCACGGGCGCCGUCCUCACCAAGAUGGACGGCGACAGCCGGGGAGGCGCCGCGCUGAGCAUCAAGGAGGCGAUUUUGUGUUUCAAUGUUUUUGGCGACGACUGCUCUUCCCCGCCCUGGCGCUGCCUGCAGGUCAGCGGGCGGCCCAUCAAGUUUGUGGGGACGGGGGAGAAGAUGGAGGCACUGGAGCCUUUCUUCCCGGAGCGCAUGGCCUCGCGCAUUCUGGGCAUGGGCGACGUGGUGAGCCUGGUGGAGAAGGCCGAGGGGGCGAUCCAGGCUGAGGAGGCGGCGGAGCUGACCAAGAAGAUGAUGACGGGCAUGAACAAGGUGGAGGACAAGCAGCUGAGCGAGGUGGAGAGGCGGUACGGGCAGUACGAGGCCAUGAUCCAGUCCAUGACCAAGCAGGAGAGGGAGCAGCCGGAGCUGCUGGCCAAGUCGCCCUCGCGCAGGGCUCUUGGGUCAGGCGCCUCGCUGCGUGGCGACUCCUGA